UCUCAGACAUUACGAUUUCCCUAUCUAUAUGGGUGAACACAUAAGUGCAUAGAUAGUUCAGGUCCCGUUAGCCGUACCAGAUUGAUUUCAUUAGUUAAGCAAUGGCGGGGUCUGUGUUACCAGAGUUGGCAGCCAGCAGUGGCAAGAAGAUGAAGUGUAUGUGCCUGAAUUUAUUUCUUGUGCUGGUUCUCUCUGGUGCCGUUAUGUCGCAGAACAUCACUACUACCCUGCCUGGUUACAAUGGUACCCUCCCAUUCAGUCUUGAAACUGGAUAUGUGAGUGUGGGAGAUUUGGAUCAGUUGCAGUUCUUUUACUACUUCAUUGAGUCACAAAGGGACCCUGUAAAAGACCCUCUCUUGCUUUGGCUCACUGGAGGCCCUGGUUGUUCUGGUUUCUCUGGCCUUGUCUAUGAAAUUGGUCCAUUAACUUUCGACUAUAUAGCCUUCAACGGUAGCUUUCCUACUUUUGUGGACAACCCAUUCUCAUGGACACAGAUUGCCAACAUUAUAUUUAUAGAUGCACCUGUUGGCACUGGUUUCUCCUACUCAACUACUCAGGAAGGUUACAAUUCCAGUGACACUGAAUCAUCAGAAGCCGUGUACCAAUUUCUCCGAAAGUGGAUGCUCAAACAUCCCAAGUUCCUCUACAAUCCACUCUACAUUACUGGAGAUUCAUAUUCAGGCAUCAUUGUUCCUCAAGUCACUCUCAAAGUAUCAGAUGGUAAUCGUAAUGGAGUCAGACCACCCAUGAAGCUCCAGGGAUAUCUACUUGGAAAUCCUGUAACAGAGUUACACAGCGAUGAGAAUUCAAGAAUGGAAUUUUACCACCGCGUCACACUUAUAUCAAGUGAACUUUAUGCGUCGAUCCAAGAAAAUUGCCAAGGGGAAUAUGUUUAUCCAAAUGUAAGCAAUUCAGAUUGCAUGGACGACAUUGGACUUGUUGCAGAGUGCACUAUAAGAGUAGAUGAUGCAAACAUUUUGCAACCGAAAUGUUCCUGGGCAUCCCCAAAAUUAGCAGAUAGAUCAAUAAAACGAGGGCAGAAAUUUUUUGAUGACAUCCCAGAUGAAAUCAUUCGAUCACCAACUGAACGAGAAAGACAUUGGUGUCGUAACAGCAAUUAUGUGCUUUCUUAUAUAUGGGCGAAUGAUGAAUCAGUACAAGAAGCUCUCAGCAUUCGAAACGGCACCAUAACAGAUUGGAAGAGGUGCAAUAAGAGCUUGGCUUAUGAGUAUGAUGUAUUGAGCGUGGUUAAUUACCAUGAUGAACUCAUCGGAAGAGGCUAUCGUUCUUUGAUCUACAGUGGUGAUCAUGACGGUUUGAUUCCAUACGUCGGUACACUAGCAUGGAUCAAUUAUCUGAACUUGACUGUUUCCGAUGGAUGGAGACCGUGGUAUGUCAACGGAAAUGUUGCAGGAUUUACCGAGAAGUAUAUAAACGAUGUGUCAGAUGGUCUGACCUUUGCAACUCUAAAGGGAGCCGGUCACACAGCUCCAGAGUACAUGCCUGAGCAAGCUCUUGAUAUGGUUGAUAGAUGGUUGGCUUAUUAUCCUCUGUGAUUAUGA